AUGUUUGAUGCCGCACCGGUGCCUGGCGAGAGCUUCACCGAGGCCAACGGCCUUUCUAUCUUGGACCUCGUCAAGCACGCCUCGCUGACGAUUGUCGAGACAAUGGAUGAGCGCGACCGCCUAUCCAUCGUCACAUUUGCAAGCAAUGUCACUGUUUUACAGCCUCUGGAGUUCAUGACGGAAGAAAAAAAGAGAGUUGCUCGCGACAACAUCAACAGUAUGGAACCGAAGGAUGCCACGAAUCUAUGGCACGGCAUCUUGACCGGCCUGAAGCAAUUUGAGAAGGUAAACUCUGAUGGCAAGGUCCCGGCCAUUAUGGUUCUCACCGACGGCAUGCCUAAUCAUAUGUGCCCUCCUGCUGGCUAUAUUCCAAAGCUUCGAGCGAAACUCCCGCUGCCGGCAACCAUCCAUACUUUUGGGUUUGGCUACCAACUGAGGUCCGGUCUGCUCAAGUACAUUGCAGAGAUUGGAAGCGGCAACUAUUCCUUCAUCCCCGAUGCUGGCAUGAUUGGCACCGUCUUUGUUCAUGCAGUGGCGAACUUGCAGAAUACAUAUGCUACGGAAGCCACCCUGCAGUUCAGAUACGCGUCGAAUUUGCAAAUUCAAGAGGCUAUGGGUACUUCUGUUCUCAGCAGUCCACCAGAGCCAUUCAUCGAAUCAUCCAAACAGGGCCUGCAGCUUGAUAUUGCCUUGGGAAAUAUACAAUACGGACAGUCGCGUGACAUAUUCUUAGGCUUCCACAGUCCGCACAUUGUCAAACUGUGCGGCAUGGAACCGGGUCCCUUGCCUAUCGUCGAAGCCACAAUUAAGUAUAAGUUGGUUCUUGACAACGACACGGGCGACUUUACAUCGGCCACAGUCAUGCAUGGCUUGCUGAAGACGUCUUCCAUACCAGAAGAGCUAGUCGCAUAUCACGAAUCGAGAGCACAAAUUUGCUCCUUUCUUUCCACUCUAUUUCCUAUCGAGAAGCUAGGAGACCACGCGGCGUUUGUGACAAACAGGUUUGAGCUGGUUACUCAAGAAUUUGCGACACUCAUCGAAAGAUUGCCAUCGAGAAACCACUUCGACUCGCUUAACAAAUCCUUGGUGCAAGAUCUCGCUGGCCAGGAGUCCGAAGGACAAGUUUCAAUUGCCUUGCGCAAGAAAACAGACUUUUUUGAAAGAUGGGGACAGCACUAUCUGCCAUCGCUUCUUAACGCCCACACCCGACAGGUAUGUAACUCGUUCAAGGACCCCGGGCCACUCCAGUAUGGUCGCGAUAGCCCUCUCUUCAUCACCUGCCGCGACAGACUGGACGAGGCCUUUGACAAUCUGCCGGCCCCCGAACCCUCUCGUCACAAAUAUCUGGCGAGAGAGCAGGGUCUUCCUGCGGUUGCGCUCGCAGCAAGCUCGAUCCCCAUCUCCAUGAGCAGCUACCGCAACGCGUGCGGCGUAUGCUUUGCCGGCUCGACGCUUGUCCAGCUCGCCUCGGGGCGCGCCAUUGAGAUGCGUCGCCUGCGCCGCGGCAUGAAGCUGCAGACGCCGCUCGGCUCGCGCAAGGUGGCGGCGGUGCUGCGAACGCCCGUCAAGGACGAGACGUUGUGCCGGCUCGGCGCUGUCCUCGUCACGCCGUGGCACCCCAUCUCCCGCGACGCCAAGGCCUGGACGUUUCCGGCUUACACCGCUGACGGGGCCGUCCGCUACACGGGCGCUGUCUACUCGGUCAUGCUGCAGCGUGACAGAAGCCCGGAUGCGCACGCGCUUCGUCUCGAGGGCGGCCUCUGGGGCGUGACGCUCGGUCAUGGCGUGACGAACGGCGGCGGCGACGCGCGUGCUCACGCCUUUUUCGGCAACUAUGUGGCUGUCAGCAAAGCGCUCCUUGGCCUGCGCGUCGGCUUGCGGGGCGAGUUCAUCGGAGGCGACGUAGGAAGGGACACACAGAGCGGACUGGUGUGCUCGUUUAAUAAGGACGAUGGUCGAGGCAGAGCCGUGACGUGGGCGCCUGGUGCGCGAGGCAAAUCUAUUAUUCGAUCCUGA